AUGACGACUCCUGCGAAGCUGUAUGGACGGGAGCUGUCCACCUACGACGAGGUGGACGUCGACGAGCUGCUAUCCAAACUGUCGCAGGAAGAACUUACGAUGCUGGCCAAGGAGGUUGAUCCAGAUGACAAUUUCCUACCACCCUCACAACGCAACAACUACGAUUGCGAGAAGGACCCCACGGGGCCCCUCAACCGCAAGAAGCUGAUUGAACACAUUAAUAAACAAGCUUUAGAGACCCCUGACCGACCGGAAGUGAAGCCCUUUGUCGCUGGAGUCAUACGCGGGAAGAAGUGGAUUCCGCCUCCUCCCACCGAAAAAGUCCGUGAUGCUGAGGAACAAAUCACAAUCGAUCUCGGAGAUGAGUAUGAACAGGCUCUCACCACGGCUUCUCAAGAAGAAAUCAUCGACUUGGCUGCUAUCCUUGGCUUUCACUCGAUGAUGAACCAGGACCAGUACCACGCGUCGUUGCUGAACAAAGGCCAGCCCGUCGGUCUCGGAUGGGAUGGCAUCACUAAAGCUACUAAAUCUAAGGUGUACCCAAUGGACCCGCCUAACGACACAGACCCAGACGACACCAUCACGCGAGUAAAGAACAAUGACCAGAAGUUGACUGAUCUCAAUUGGAAUAAUAUUAAGAACAUCAGCGACGAGAAGUUCGAGCGGCUAUUCGAAGCGGUGAAGAGUAACACGUCGCUAGAGGUGCUGUCGCUGGUGAACGUGGGGCUCAACGACCGCACGGCGGCACUGCUGGCCGACGCGCUGCGCGUCAACUCGGCGCUGAGGGUCGUCAACGUGGAGACCAACUUCAUCAGCCCCGCCGGCGUGCUCGCGCUCCUCCGCGCGCUGCUCGACACGCGCACAGUCGAGGAGUUCCGCGCCUCCAACCAGCGAUCGCAAGUCCUUGGCAACAAGAUCGAAAUGGAGAUCACGUCGCUGGUGGAACAGAAUCCGACGCUGUUGCGGCUCGGUAUGCACCUCGAGUACAGCGACGCCCGCCACAGGAUCGCCAGCCACCUGCAGAGGAACAUCGACAGAAAUUGCCGAGUUCAAAAGCGAGCUAGCGCGUCACUGAGCUUGCGCCUGCCGCGAGGCCGCCCGCCCGCCGUCGGCAUCGAUAAUAGCUUCUUCAAUCUCACUCCACCAAGCGUAGAAGCUGUCACUCCUACAAACGAAGAAAUUAAACCAGUAAUCUCUGAAUCGGUUGAAACAUCGGUCAUAGUUGAAGCCAAAGAAAAAAAAGAUGAAACUACAGUCAAUACACAAAUAGUGCAAACACCAGAAACUGAAAAAUCAGUUAUAGAAAAUGGAACACAAAAAUUAAUGUCAAAUGAGACGGAAAUACUGGCACAAACUGAAGUAGAGAAACCGGUGUCUUUCAAUAUACAAAAACCUGAGUCUUCAGAAACACAAAAAAAUGAGUUGUCGCGUACAGAAAAUCUGUUAUCUACUGAUACAGAAAAACCGAUUAAUACACAAGAAUCAGUAACUGAAGACGGUCUAUCUGGUGAAAGACUAAUCCCCGUUAAUAUAGAAGAGGAACAUACAGAGACAGAUUCAGACAUUGAACAAUUAAGAAAUAAGCAGGGAGCGGAGAGAUUCGUGAAGGCGGCACCACUGGACAUUAAUCCCAACCCGCACUCGUGA